AACACCUGCUUCAAGUAAAAUAAAAUGUUGGGGGAACUAAAUCGGCCCACUUUAAAUUAGUGGGCCACUUUCGGGCCUCAGAUUUAAUUAUUGGGCUUAAACUGGGCCGUUUGUUAUUAUUAUUUUCUUUCUGAAAAAUCCUUAUUAAACGACACACUGUUUCUACGUUUCGGCUCAAUCUGUUUUACUUAAUUUAAAAUUUUUUAAUUUUUCUUCCACCGAAAAUUUUCCAUCCCGACCACCAACCAGUCAUGCUUUGAGAGCAAGUGACGCUCCACCUUUUCCAAUGAUUCACAGUAGGAAGCUAACGGAGCCAACCUCCAAACCGGCGACGGCUAUGGCGAGAAACAGAAGCCGGAAGACGACGCUGAUCUUCUUCUUUUUGCUCUCUGUUAUGGCAUUCUGCGCCUUUGUUCCGGUCUUCGCUCCUCUUCCUUCGCUGUCGUCCAACCCUCACCAUCACCAUCACCAUCACCGCCACCGUCUUCAUCAUCGUGAUAAAAUUAAUACUCGAAAGUUUGAGAUUGAUGACGAUAUGUUUUGGAAAGAUGGGAAGCCUUUUCAUAUAAUUGGUGGUGACUUGCACUAUUUCCGGAUUCUUCCUGAGUAUUGGGAAGAUAGACUUUUGAGAGCAAAGGCAUUGGGCUUGAAUGCCAUCCAAACUUAUGUUCCUUGGAAUUUGCAUGAACCAAAUCCUGGCAAGCUGGUUUUUGAAGGUAUUGCAGAUUUGGAAUCAUUUCUCAAGCUCUGCCAGAAGCUUGACCUUCUAGUUCUGCUUCGAGCUGGGCCUUAUAUAUGUGGAGAGUGGGAUUUGGGAGGGUUCCCAGCUUGGUUACUUGCCAUAGAACCAGCUCUCAGACUACGGUCAUCUGAUCCAGCUUACCUUCAAUUAGUUGAAAGAUGGUGGGGUAUAUUACUUCCAAAAGUUGCCCCUCUUCUUUAUGGCAAUGGAGGUCCUAUAGUAAUGGUUCAGAUAGAAAAUGAAUAUGGCUCAUAUGGAGAUGAUAAAGCAUAUCUUCAUCACUUAGUGAUGUUGGCUAGACAACUUCUUGGGGAAGAGAUUAUUUUGUAUACCACAGAUGGGGGUUCUCGGAAUAAUCUUGAGAAAGGAACCAUUAGGGGAGAUUCUGUCUUUUCAGCUGUUGACUUCUCUACUGGUGAUGAUCCAUGGCCCAUAUUUGAGUUGCAAAGGGAGUUCAAUGCCCCUGGAAAAUCACCACCUCUUUCUUCGGAGUUCUAUACAGGCUGGCUUACACACUGGGGUGAGAAGAUUGCAGAGACAGGUGCUGAUUUUACUGCAAAUGCACUCAAAAGGAUUUUAUCACGGAAUGGUUCUGCUGUACUCUAUAUGGCACACGGUGGCACAAACUUUGGAUUUUAUAACGGAGCAAACACUGGUCAGGAUGAAUCAGACUACAAGCCCGAUCUCACUUCCUAUGAUUAUGAUGCACCAAUUAGAGAGUCUGGUGAUGUAGAUAAUGCAAAGUUCAGAGCAAUCAGGAGGGUUAUAGGGCAAUAUACUUCAACACCACUUCCUUCAGUUCCUUCCAAUAAGGAAAAAGCAGGAUUUGGAUCUAUUCAGUUUGAGAAUACGGCAUUUUUAUUUGAUUUACUGGAUAUGAGAGAUAUGGCUAAUGUUGUUGAAUCUGAAAACCCAGUGGCAAUGGAGUCUGUGGGCCAGAUGUUUGGAUUCCUUUUAUAUGUAGCCGAAUAUCCUUCAAAGAAUGGCGGAAGUAGCCUUGUCAUACCAAAGGUGCAUGACAGAGCUCAAGUGUUUAUAUCAUGCCCUUCUAAAGCCAAUGGUGGAGUAUCAUACGUUGGUAGAAUUGAAAGAUGGUCAAAUCAAGCACUUCAACUUCCAAAUGCUAAAUGUGUCUCUAAUAUCAGCUUAUUUAUUUUGGUUGAAAAUAUGGGUCGUGUAAAUUAUGGGCAAUACCUGUUUGACAGAAAGGGUAUUUUAUCUCCUGUUUAUCUAGAUGGAAGUAUUCUGCACUGGUGGAAAAUGACUUCAUUUCCUAUGCAAAAUCUGAAUGAAGAUCCAAAAUUCAAUCCCAUCAUUAAGGUUGCAUCUUCUAGAUUCACUAAAAUAGCAGCCCGCAAGAAAUUGGAAUAUAAUUCUGGGGAUGGUUCAAAAGGACCUGCAUUCUAUGCUGGUCGUUUCAUUAUUAACAAAACAAAUGAAGUUAAAGAUACAUAUUUCUCAUUCAGAGGCUGGGGGAAAGGAAUUGUAUUCGUAAAUGAAUUUAACAUUGGAAGAUAUUGGCCAACGUCAGGACCACAAUGCAACCUUUAUGUCCCUGCUCCAAUCCUUCGGCAAGGCGAAAAUGUUGUGGUCCUACUUGAGUUAGAAUCUCCAAAUCCUGAGCUUGUGGUGGAAUCUGUGGAUAAACCAGACUUCUCGUGUGGUUCAAGCAGAGCAAGCGUGCACCAACUUUGAGCUCACCCGUUCAAUGUCGUCAAACACCCAGUACAACCAUGAAAAUGGGGGGAGGGUAGAUAACAUAUUGGUUGCCCUCCAAUCAACUGAUGCAUAGAAUCAUUGAACUGCCAGACAUGAUAAUAUCAAACUGCGACAUGAAACUUAAAUUCAAAUACACAGUGCUUGGUCCAUUAUUUCAGGUAGUUCAAAUGUUGUAUCAGAGUUGAUAUUACAAUUUAAACAUGGCUAACCUGCUUCCUGCAAGCUUAUUGGUGUGUAAUUAUAAAAAAUGUCAUAUUUUAUAAUAAAAAAAUGUUAUACGGUCG